AUGAUUCUACAUACCGAAAAUAUAUCCUCUUGGGGUUCUGAGGACCCCGAAGUAUCGACAACACUACAUACCAAAAUUAUAUCCUCUUGGGGUUCUAAGAACCCCGAAGCACCACCGAUUCUGCAUACCGAAAGUAUAUCCGCUUGGGGUUAUAAGGACCCCAUAGCAUCGCUAAUUCUGCAUACCGAAGUUAUAUCUACUUGGGAUCCUAAGGACCCCGAAGCAUCACCGAUUCUGCAUACCAAAAUUAUAUGUACUUGGGAUCCUAAGGACCCCGUAGGAUCACCGAUUCUGCAUACCAAAAUGAUAUCCACUUGGGAUACUAAGGACCCCGAAGCAUCACCGAUUCUGCAUACCGAAAGUAUAUCCGCUUGGGGUUAUAAGGACCCCAUAGCAUCGCUAAUUCUGCAUACCGAAAUUAUAUCUACUUGGGAUCCUAAGGACCCCGAAGCAUCACCGAUUCUGCAUACCAAAAUGAUAUCCACUUGGGAUACUAAGGACCCCGAAGCAUCACCGAUUCUGCAUACCAAAAUGAUAUCCACUUGGGAUCCUAAGGACCCCGUAGGAUCACCGAUUCUGCAUACCAAAAUGAUAUCAACUUGGGAUCCUAAGGACCCCGAAGCAUCACCGAUUCUGCAUACCAAAAUUAUAUGUAGUUGGGAUCCUAAGGACCCCGAAGCAUCACCGAUUCUGCAUACCAAAAUUAUAUGUAGUUGGGAUCCUAAGGACCCCGAAGCGUCAGCGAUUCUGCAUACUAAAAAUAUAUUCUCUUGGGGUUCUAAGGACCCCGCAAUAACAACAAUUCUACAUACCAAAAUUAUAUCGUUUUGGGGUUCUAAGGACCCCUAA